AACAGGAAAGAGAUCAUAAAUAGCAAAACAGAAAUUUUUCAGUGUGACUUAUGGUUUGUUCUUUUUACUUUUCUUCUUCCGAGUUCAAAACGCAGAGGUGCCCGUCUGUAUAGCGAAAGUAGAGGAGAAAUGGCUGCCGAAGUUGCUGACGAGACUUCAACAUUCUUCGUUGCCGUACACGUCGGCGCCGGAUAUCACGCGCCGUCGAAUGAGAAAGCUCUUCGUUCAGUCAUGAAACGGGCAUGCCUCGCCGCUGAUUCUGUUCUCCGAAAGGGUCCAGGUGGAUGUAUAGACGCUGUAACGGCCGCGAUUCAAGUCUUAGAGGAUGAUCCUAACACAAAUGCUGGUCGAGGUUCAAAUUUGACUGAAGAUGGUCAUGUUGAGUGUGAUGCCAGCAUCAUGGAUGGUGAUUCUGGCACAUUUGGUGCUGUAGGUGCAGUGCCAGGUGUGAGAAAUUCCAUUCAGAUUGCAGCUUUGUUGGUCAAGGAACAGAUGUCUGGUUCACCACUUCUGGGACGAAUAUCUCCAAUGUUUUUGGUUGGUGAAGGUGCUCGUACAUGGGCAAUGUCCAGGGGCAUUGUUUCUCCAUCAACUGUGUCAGAGGCUGAAGAGCUUGUUUUGUGGAGACAGUGGCUUGUGACUGAGAGGGCCAGAACCCAAUGGAAAAGGUACAAAGGGAUGCUUGAUGACGCCAAGGAUGUUAAUGAUGCUUCUGCCACUAAGAUGGCACACCCUAAGGAUUCUGGUACAGUAUCAGAUACUCCAGAAGUAGAUAAUCAAUCAAGAGGAAAUGGAGGAAGAAAUCAGAUCUCAAUCCUGGGUGCAUUAGACGAAGACUUUAUUUCUGACACAGUUGGAGUUAUCUGUGUCGAUACAGAAGGACAUAUAGCUUGUGGGUCCUCAAGUGGUGGUAUAGCUUUGAAGGUUGGUGGACGUGUGGGUCUAGCGGCAAUGUAUGGUUCUGGUUGUUGGGCGUCUUCAAAGGGACCUUUCGGCGCUCCUUUUAUAGUUGGAUGUUGUGUCAGUGGUUCUGGAGAGCACCUAAUGAGAGGAUUUGCUGCUCGGGAAUGCUGUGUUUCGUCAGCACUGUCUCAAGCUGGGCCAUCUUCUGCCUGUAAGAAAGUUUUACAGUCUGCUGUUCGGGAGAAUAGUCAGUGUGGCACUGAAAGUAGUGCUGGCUUCCUGCUAGUUCAAGCAGAAUCUCCUAGAAUGAUUGCGGGUGGUUUGGCUAGGAUGGAUGCUGUUGAGAUUGCAGCUGUUUAUUCAUCGUCUUCUUUUGGAAUAGGUUAUUUUGGCAGCUCAAUGGAGAGGCCCAAGGUUUCAGUGCUUAGGAGUACAAAGAAGCAUGGUAAAACUGCAAUAGGUGAGUUUGCAGCACGAGUCAGUCUUUCAGCCAAGAAAUUGUAGAGUUGCAGCCGUAAAACAGUAAAUGGCGAUAGGAAUGGUAACCUUCCUCUUCAAUGGCAUCAUCAUGUGGACUUGCUAUCGUAUCAUCUGAAUAGUGAGGACUAAAGUGCAUUAUCCUUAAAGUUGGGGAAUUUAUUUUAUCUGGAGUUUUUUUGCAUAAAAUAUCGGGGAAUUUGAUUUGUAUACUCCCAAAACCACAUUUUAGACAGAUAACCAAAGAUGUAAUUUACUUAAAUUGCACCAACUAGCUCCCUGAAAUCCAUUUAUAUGGAUCUCAUACACUUCUAAGCAUCAUUGAAGCUAGAGGAA